GUGUGCAGGUGCCAAGCGCCAUGGGUUAGGCCCGAGAUCGGAGUCCGGCCGCCCCCCGACAGCAGCCGCCUCCUGCUCUCCGUGCGCCCCAGGCGCCACCAUGUCGGGCGACAAACUCCUGAGCGAACUCGGCUAUAAGCUGGGUCGCACGAUAGGUGAGGGCAGUUACUCCAAGGUGAAGGUGGCCACGUCCAAGAAGUACAAGGGAACAGUGGCCAUCAAGGUGGUGGACCGGCGGCGCGCACCGCCUGACUUCGUCAACAAGUUCCUGCCCCGCGAGCUGUCCAUCCUUCGAGGAGUGCGGCACCCGCAUAUUGUGCACGUCUUCGAGUUCAUCGAGGUGUGCAACGGGAAGCUGUACAUCGUGAUGGAGGCAGCCGCCACGGAUCUGCUCCAGGCCGUGCAGCGCAACGGGCGCAUCCCCGGGGGGCAGGCCCGCGACCUCUUCGCACAAAUCGCCGGCGCCGUGCGCUACCUGCACGACCACCACCUGGUGCACCGCGACCUCAAGUGCGAAAACGUGCUGCUGAGCCCUGACGAGCGCCGCGUCAAGCUCACCGACUUUGGCUUCGGCCGCCAGGCUCACGGCUACCCAGACCUGAGCACCACCUACUGCGGCUCAGCAGCCUACGCAUCGCCGGAGGUUCUCCUGGGCAUCCCCUAUGACCCCAAGAAGUACGACGUGUGGAGCCUAGGCGUCGUGCUCUACGUCAUGGUCACCGGGUGCAUGCCCUUCGAUGACUCAGACAUCGCUGGCCUGCCCCGGCGCCAGAAGCGCGGCGUCCUCUACCCCGACGGCCUCGAGCUGUCCGAGCGUUGCAAGGCACUGAUCACCGAAUUGCUGCAGUUCAGCCCGUCGGCCAGACCCUCGGCGGGCCAGGUAGCGCGCAACGGCUGGCUGCGCGCUGGGGACUCCGGCUAAAGCCGGAGUUCCCACAUACCCGCCGCCCCUAGCACUGCGCAAGCGCGGCACACGCGAGAGGCGCGCUUCCAGCGUCCCGCGAAGCCGCCGCGCACCAAUGCGCAUGCGUCCUUUCCCCUUUCCUUCUUUCUCGACAGCGGGGGCCACAGUGGCCCCUGUUUGGAAUCUAGUUCCUCCUCCACGAACCGGAGAGCGCAUGCGCAUCCUCGAUUACCCCCCCGCAAGAAGGCCCCGGGAGGGGGCGAGACCAGAGGAUGCUGAAGCAUUGCGCCUGCGCGGACUGAGCGACUGCUCUGCGGCCGGAGGAGGCUGCCAGGUAGAGCUGCCCACUAGGGGACGCACGCUGAGUGCGUCCAUUCCCAGCCCUGCCGCGCAGGCCGCCGCGGGACGGCGCGCUCCGGGCGUCACCCGCGUUGUAAUUUGCAAUAAACUCGCUCUACCUCGCA